AGAGGCAGCUGCUAUUGAAAAGAUACUGACUGUGUUCAAGAUAACGAUCAAAGGAGCUGCCUGAAGUAUUCAUGCAAAGUUUAUGUUGCCUAAAUGAUUGAUAUGGUGUCCGGCUACCGAGGAAGGCUGUGGCUGCCAAGAGAAAGGUAACCAUUUCUCAUCCUCUGGAGUGCAUUGGAUGCCUCUAGGCCACCCAUAUUGGCUGGCAGGAGACAUGGCAGAGUUUACAAGCUACAAGGAACCGGCCUCCAGCCGCCACCUGCGGUUCAAGUUACAGAGUCUAAGCCGGCGCCUUGACGAGUUGGAAGAAGCCACAAAAAACCUCCAGAAAGCAGAAGAUGAACUCCUGGACCUCCAGGACAAGGUGAUUCAGGCGGAAGGCAGCAGCUCCAGCAUGCUGGCCGAGAUUGAAGCUCUGCGCCAGCGAGUGCUGAGGAUUGAGGGCAAAGACGAGGAAAUCAAGAGGGCAGAGGACCUGUGUCAGCUGAUGAAGGAGAAACUUGAAGAGGAAGAAAAGCUCACCCGGGAGCUGAAAUAUGAGAUUGAGCGGCUUCAGAAGCGCAUGACAGAACUGGAGAAGCUCGAGGAGGCCUUCAGCAGGAGUAAGAAUGACUGCACCCAGCUUUGCUUGAGCCUGAAUGAGGAGCGGAACCUGACCAAGAAAAUCUCCUCAGAGCUGGAAAUGCUCAGGGUCAAAGUGAAGGAACUGGAAUCUUCCGAGGACCGCCUGGACAAAACAGAACAGAGUUUAGUGUCCGAGCUAGAGAAGCUGAAGUCGUUAACUCUGAGCUUUGUGAGUGAGAGGAAACACUUGAAUGAAAAAGAGAAAGAAAAUGAGAAAUUAAUCAAGGAGCUCACUCAGAAACUGGAACAGAACAAAAAACUGAACCGGGAUUAUACAAGGAAUGCAGCUAAUGACCUAUGGAUUGAGGAUGGCAUCUCCUCCACGCUGCCACCCAAGGAAUUACGAAGGAAGGGCACGCUGGACUAUCUGAAGCAGGUCGAGAACGAAACAAGAAACAAAGUGGAAAAUGAGAAGAACCGAAACCAGGAAGACAACAAAGUCAAAGACCUGAACCAAGAGAUUGAGAAGCUUAAGACACAGAUCAAACAUUUUGAAUCAUUGGAAGAAGAGCUUAAGAAAAUGAGGGCCAAAAAUAAUGACCUUCAGGAUAAUUACUUAAGUGAGCAAAAUAAAAAUAAGCUUUUAGCUAACCAGCUGGAGGAGAUAAAGCUACAAAUCAAGAAACAGAAGGACUUAGAAAAUGGGGAGGUAGAAGGAGAUGUUGUUUUUCUGUCCAGCAAAGGCAGGCAAGAGAGGACUAAGUUUCGAGGCCAUGGGAAUGAGGCAUCUGUGUCCAAGCACACGUCACGGGAACUGUCUCCUCAGCACAAGCGGGAGAGACACAGGGUCAGGGAGUUUGCUCUCAGUAAUGAAAACUAUUCUCUGAGCUGCAGGCAGAUGUCCUCUCCUAGCUUCCCCAGCAGGAGGACAGCCAAAGCUUCCCACCUGGGGGCAGGUACUGACAGUGGGACUCAGGAGACAAAGAGAACUGAGGAUCGCUUUGCAUCUGCCUGCUCUCAGAGUGAAGGGAAGAAGGCCCGGGAGCAGCCCUCGGUGCUGAGCCGUUACCCACCAGCGGCCCAGGAGCACAUCAAAGCUUGGAAGGGAGCUUCCAAGGCAGGCACAGAGAGUGGGCUGAAGGGAAAGGUAGAGAAGACAACGAGAACGUUUGGUGAGGCCACUCAUGGCUCCAUUCCCAACGACACAAUGGGUAGAGCCGCCAAGACUUCUGACACCGCUGAGGCCCUCUUUGGGAAGAGGGGGCAGGUGCUUGGCAGUGGAAGUCAAAUGGCGCAGGCUGCAGACUCUAGUAGCUCAAAGGCCAUUGUUGCUCUAGCCCCAUCUCGAAGAUCCUCCUCAGAAGGGCUCUCUAAGGGCAAAAAGUCUGCCAAUACCCAGGAGGCUGAUCCUAGUUCCCCAAAUUCCAAGGCUCCUAUUUUAGUGAAGUAUCCUUAUAGCUCCCGAAGUCAAGAGAGCAUCCUUCAGGGCUUUUCAGCGCUGAAUAAGGAAGGAGCUGAUCAGCCCGUAGCGGUCGUGAUGGAAGAUAGCAGCCAGCAUGAAGCCCUGAGGUGUCGAGUGAUCAAAUCCAGCGGCAGAGAAAAACCAGACUCAGAUGAUGAUCUGGACAUAACAUCUCUUGUUACUGCCAAAUUGGUAAACACAACCAUCACUCCAGAGCUGGAACCCAAACUCCAGCCCCACUCCAGAGAAAAGGCAAGAUCCAGAGGGGGCCUGCAAGCCUCCCUGUUUGAGAAUGAUAAGGACGCUGGACCAGAAAGUGAGUCUGUGAAGCCCAUUAGAGCCUCCCCAUGUUCUGAGGAGCCCCCAGAUGCCAAUGGCUCUGGAGUGAAGAGCCAAAGGCCAUUCAGCCCUAGAGAGGCCUUACAGUCCAGAGCCAUCAUCAACCCCAUCAUCGUUGAUAAGGAUGUGAAAAAAAUCAUGGGAGGGUCAAGAGCAGAGACUGCACCGGAGAAACAGAAACCCACGUCUAAACCAGGGUCCACCAAAGUGACCAGCAGCAUCACCAUCUAUCCUGUUGAGAGCAGCACCUCAAGAAUGGCCCCGGGGGAGCCCGUGAGGGAGAGGCACAUGUCCACCAGCAAUAUCCAGGUUGGGCCACCCGAGCCCACGGCAGUGGGCAACCACGUUACCUCCCCCUGGGAGCUCUCCCUUCACAAGCCUGACAUCAGCCUGCAGCUCCCAGAGGGGGAGAGAGCAGGAGACGGGCCCCUGAAGAGCAAGCCAGACACCGUGGUAUCUCGGAGCAGCAUCAUCAUCAGCUCUGUGGAGAGGAAUAGCCAUUUGCUCCCCUCGGAGACAAUCAGAUGGAAAAGCCAUAAUGCCCCUUCAGAAGGCCCUGCAGAUGCCAGGCACGUGACUGUGCGGAAUGCUUGGAAGAGUAGGCGAGAUUUGAACUCCCUGGAGGACCCCCCAGCUCGAAGAGGUAAAAAUGUUGAACUGACCAACGCCUACACCCAGAGGUCUUCCACAGACUUCUCAGAACUCGAACAGCCCAGGUUUGAGCAGGGCUCUCGAAGGGUUGGAAAUUCAGGGGAUGGCCCAGAGCUCUCAUCCAGAAGGACCCAGAGUAGCCUCACCGUGUCCGAGGUGCUAACGCGAUGGAAUCGGGCAGGAGACGGUGUGGCACCGGCAGCCUGGAACCACACGGCCAGCCUGGACGACGGGGAAGACUGCACACUCAGUGUCUACAGGCGGCUGCACAACUCCCUGGAACGGUCUGAAUUGCCUGCAAAGCAGGGGCUGACAGAGCCUGGGCGGGCACGGGCCGAGGAGCGGGCACGGCCAGCCAGGCCCUGUGCUGAGGAAAAGUGACCCACUGGGCAGGUCCUGUUGUCUCAUCUGCUCCUGCUUCUCUCCUUGUCUACUUCCCGCCCACGAAGUGUCUGAGGCCAGGUAACCAGGCUAGACUCAAGGCCUCAGCUGGGAGACUGGGGCAGAGAGCCAGGCCACUGCUGCCCGUUGGGCACAGGAGAUCAGAGACUGAAGCUGAAGGAGCCAUCCAGGUUAGCCGUACCGUGAUGCAUGAGUCUUUGCUUUUCACCCCACGCCCCCUGGUAGAGGGAGUCUGGCCACCCCAGUUGGCCAAAUGCCUUCUCUCUGCUCCCUGGUGGUCUCUGUAUUGGACAAAGGGCAGCCCUGCAUGGGGUUACCACCCCACUUCCCUGCUCCUCGCAGUAUCCUGUUUGCCCAUUUGCCCUAAGGGCUCCACCCAGGGGCUGCCAAUGCUCACCCCCCCUCCCCAAAGUUCUUUUUCUCCAACUUGUCAAGCACAGGGGUCCGAGCUGCCUCAAAGAGAUCCUUGGUGACCCCUUCUGUGCCCAACCUGUGGCUGACCAUGGAGCAUGCUGGUUCCCGUUAGAACGGCAUCCUCCCAGCCCCCACCGCAGCUGUCUGCUCCGGCUCCCGGGCCUGUGUAGCGCCUUCCUGCCGAGUCCAUCACGUCCACCUUGGGCCGGCUCCACCUAGCAGGGCCUCAGCCGGCAUGCUGCCUUCUAGGAAGCCCCAGCCGUGGGAAAGGCAGGGAGAAGCCAUUUCCCCGAGUCCUGCCUCCCAAAGGAUGAGGUCAUGGACUGUGAGGAUGCCCUCCUGUCUUCCUCCUCCCUCCCGCAGAGGAGGAAUCGCACUUUACCAAGCGGAUGCAUUCCUACAGAAGCGGCCCACGUGCCCGCAAGUCUGCUCUCAGGAUGAUGGCUGUGGGCGUGUCCCCGGGUCCAUACAAUGCAAUAGCAGCAAGCUUUCCCGGAGCCACGUGAGUAAAACUGGGCUUCGUUUCCUUCAUACAUGCUCACAAGAACUGCAUAUUCCCGGCCGCCUUUCCUGUAGCAUUCUCUCAAAGAAGAUCCCUCAAAAACUGCAUUCAUAAAGCAGGCUGCUGCUGCCUCCAUAGCAUUCAACCAGGAGUCGGGAAUCCUUUGUUUUCCUGGCAGCUUUGCUACUUGCUGGCUGUGUGACCUUGGACAAAUCAUUGUUCUCUCUGGGCCUCCGUUCCCCCAUCUAUAAAAUGAGUUCUCGGAAAUAGAUGAUAUUGAAGGACCUCAGAUUCCUGUUUUCCACUCUCCGUUCCACAUGGGAUAAUUUUCACGUUUGAAAGGUGUUUCCUUCCGGCCUCCUCCUGUUGCUUUUCUGGGCCUUAUUUCCAGGUGCCCCAUGUUUUAAACUCAAGGGCAUAGGCUCCGAGAAGCUCUGUCGGCUUGUUUCCAGUCUGUGAAACGGGGCUCCUGAGGCCUGAUACUGACCUUGCCCAGAUGCCAAUGUUGUUCCAUAUUCCUGCUGUGUAGCUCCUGUGCCUGUGCCUGCCUGUGAAUUUCCUGGCAAGAAAGUUGGCCUCCUGAAGUCUGCCUUUGACCUGUGUGGGCCUCAGCAUGCCCCAGUCUUCUUCUGCAUAAUCUUCCCGGGGGUGGAGUGAGGAGCCUUUGCCUUCCUCGCAGGGACAGGGAUGUCGAGCACGUACUUAUAUUUUCGUGAGAUUUGCCAAUCCGAGGGCAUUGUCAUGUGGCUUGCCUUUCACUCCACACCCCUGCCUUGAAUGCACAGCUUUAAAAUACUAUUUUCAAGAUUCUUCCUGCUGUUUCUGACCCGAGUCACAGGCCAAAAAUGAGCAGGCUCAGGGUACAGCCUCCUUGCCAUUCUUCACCAGUGGGCAACCCUGAGAGUCCAGUGGAGACUGACCUCUGUGGUGGUCAACCAGAGGGCCUGGGGAACCGAGUCCACGGCUGUGCCCCAAAGAUCUCGCCAACCCUUCUCACCUUUGGGCCUGGGAGCCUUGGAUUCUGGUGCUGUAGCUCCUGGUGCCAAAGUCUGGAUCUUUCUACAUUUCAGUAGUGCCAUCGUCUGCCACUACCCGAUGCUCUGUGGAAGAGGGACAGCCGUGGCACCCUCUUGCUGGGACUGCUACCUUGAAAUUGAGUGCAAUAGGGUUGAUUGUAACCAUUACUUCAGGAUAAAUAUUGUUUCCUAAAUCUGCACACUUUCUAGAACCGCUGUAGGUUUUAUUGACAAAUGUUCUCAGCAUUGCAGAAAGUACCAGUGUCACAGCAAAGCAGAGGCUGGAGGCUCAGUUCCUCUGGGCCUCACAUGGCUCACUGCUGGCAAGGCUAACUCCCAGACUCCAAAGUUAGAAGGCACACUAAAAUGAAACCCAGGUGUCUGCCCCCAGGUUUCACUGUGGGGCCCUGAGUAGUGCUGGUAGAGGAGUAGUUGGUUAAUCAAGCCAAAUGUGUCUACUGUUCAGCCAACAAACUCACUGGAUGACAAGUGUCUGUUGCAGCCGUAAAACCCCAGGCAAGUGUGAUUGUUGGAAGGGCUUCAGGUGAGGUUGGGGACCUGGCAUUCCAGAGCUGCUGGGCUGGCGAAAUGCUGGGAGCUAGUUUCUUCUACCUGCUGCUCUUGUCUCUCCACUCCGACACAAAAGCAACCCGGACAGCCGCACAGGGUGGUUUUGUUUAACGAUGAAACAGCCAUCUUGCGGGUUAAAGGCCUUUGCAGUGGGGUCCUUCCAGAGGGCCGUGAGAAGCUGCAAGCAAGCUUGCACAUUAAUCACCCUCUUCAGGGGUGUGGUUUCUUUGUGGGUCUUGGACUGUCAUCCUGGGGCAGCUUUAGUUCUUUGUAUUUAAUGCAUCAGUGCCAAGUGCUACCGCUACCUGGUAAAGGAAUGGGGGGCUGGAGGCCAGUGGCUCCUUGGCUGCCUCUGAUGGGGUGGGGUUUUUGUUGUUGUUGUUGCCCUGACAAGACUGCUUUGGAAGAGCUGCUUUUAGGAAUCACCCUCUGAACGCCCCAGUGGGGACAGGGCUCUCCUCAAAGGCUCACACCAAGAUCAUAGGAAAGGGGCCUUGAUUUUCCUGCUGCUUCACAGCUCAGAACAUGGACUUAAUGGAAUGUAUUUUUAAGAGAAUAAAGUCUAUUUUUUUGUAUUUUAAAGAUUGGGAGGGCUAGGGAAGUAGCCCUCAAAACUGUUACUGCAUUAUUGGCCCUUUGCUGGGGCGUCCAUCUGCAUCUGUCCACACCUCUGUGCCCAGGCAGCUGCUCAGCCUCUCCCCUGCCCCGGAGUCCAGGGGCAGUAGCUUCUCUAUUCCUGCUCCCAGCACGGGACCCUGGCAGCCAGCUCCUGCCCCUGCCCCUGCCCCAUGGAAACCAGGGCUCCUCGGGGGCAUGUGUGGAGCUGGAGCGCCAUCUGCAUGUCUCCUCUGCGUUCUGGCCUCUGUGGCACCACAGUACAUUAUGUAACCAAUAAAGCUCUCCCAUGUCCCUGUU